AUGAAAUUGUACGGUUUUUUAUUUUCUGUAUGGUCAGCAUGCGUCGUUAUUUUACCAACUCUUGCAUAUGGUGAAGCUGUUACGAUGGUCAAGUCGAUUGAGCAGUACUUCGAUAUGUGCAAUAGAAAUGAUUCUUACACAAUGAUAAAAUACUACACUUCUUGGUGCCAACAUUGUAAAACCCUGGCUCCGGUAUACGAAGAGCUUGGUGAGCUAUACACCAAAGAAGUUAAUAAAGAUGACAUCCCAAUUAACUUCCUUGAAGUUAACUGCGAAUUCUUCGGGCCAACCCUAUGCACCGACUUGCCAGGAUUCCCCAUCAUUGAGCUGGUAAAACCCCGUACAAAACCUUUAGUCCUUCCUGAGCUCGAUUGGUCUUCGAUGAAGUUCCAUGAAAGAUUAUGGCAAAAAAUCAAGACGCGGUUCCACAAUCCUAAAUACCAACUGGAUUCGUCUAGGAUUGUUCGUUUUGAAGGAAGCAGGAACACAAAUAGUUUAAGCAGCUUUAUCAAUACUGUAAGAAGUAAGGAUGCAGAAGAAAGAUUCAUAGAGCAUAUUUUUGAUGAUUCCAAAAAAUGCAGUGAAGAACUACUUUCUCAACAGCCCCUAUGUAAAGCUGGUAAAGAUUAUUACUCUGUCACUCUAUCUAAAUUAUACGAUGACAUUAAUGGGUUGGAAAAAGAAAGGCGGAAACUAGAAGCUUUAAUCAAGCAAAAUGCAGAUGACUUGAGUGAAGAAGUCAAAGGAAAACUGGAAAUCAUUCGCUUACAAUUGAAGCUACUGUUACACAUGGAAGAACAGUUAGAAUAUACCAGUAGUCAUGAUGAACUUUGA